AUGGCGAACCCGCACUCGUCAAUUCCUCGCCCCCGUUCCUCCCCGUCACAAGACGAUUGUCCAACGCCGAAUAUAGCGGAGUAUAUCAAAUCGAUUCCAGCGUGGUCACCCGAGGAACAACUGAUCUUGGAGGAGAACAUGCGGCACUACCCGUCCUCACAAAACGCGGAGUUCAAGCGGUUGACCCUAUUGAUGACAAAUUUGCCAAACAAACGGUUACGCGACGUCUCUCUCCGUGUGAAGUACAUGAAGGCCAAAGAGAAGGGUGACAUCACCUGGGAGAACUUCUUACAAUCAUCUUUUGGUCAACAGAAGGUGGAGUUAUCUCCAUCACACUCCGUCAAAUCACCCCGCGCCACACCCGUCGAACGCGAAGAUGACUCACAGAAGAAGGGAAGAAGACCAAUUCGAAUGAAAAAGGAAGACGAGGAUCUUUCAAUGUCAUCAAACUCAAACCAAGUCUCUUCCGUCGUCUCUUCUAAUUAUAACGUUAGAGGAGAUAGAGACGCUUCUAUGUCGAUCUCUUCAAAUAAUACAACGCCUUUGACUUUCUCACAACCCCCUCCUCAGUUCCAAUUGCAACCACCACGGGCUCAGUUGUCCACUAGUAACAUCCCAAUCCAACCACAACCACACGCGUAUAACAGACCAGGAAUGUUCCAACAACCUACUUUCCAACCACCACCUCAACAACAAAGGGUCCCUCAACCUCCUCCACAGAUGAUGUACCCCCAACAGCCACAACGCGAUCGUUACCAACUUCCUGAUGAUCAGACGUGCCACCAAUUGUUAAUGGACAACGAGAGAUGCAUCGAGACUAUCACACAAUCGAUAUUACAGAAGAGAGGAGACAUCUCGGAGUCCGUUGCUGUGUUCAAUUCGAAUUUUAACAGGCUGAUGCAGAUCACUAAUCAGAUGGGAAUGAUGCCGGCUUUUGGGUUCCAGCCGAUGGGAAUCAACGCAUCGCCGAAAUUCAAGAAAAUCGAUAUGCCACCUCAGGACUUGAGAAACUCGCAGUCGACGUACGGGUUUGACUUCAGCGUUGGGAAGCCAAUGCAGCGCGAUUUGUCGUUGGACGGAAGAAGAAGCGAUUUGAUGUAA